AUGGCAAGCUUCGUCAUGAAACAAAUGGUUGGUGGAAAAUUGAACGAGAUGAAAGGUGGAAUCGAUAAAUUGACUGGAGAUAAAGAUGGAGAAAGUGGCGAUAAAACCGAGUCUGGUGAAGAUCCCGAAGUAGUAGCUGCUCGACUGGAACAAGAAGAACGACGUAAAGAACGGCAUCGCAAAAUGGAACGUGAACGUGAAAAAAUGCGACAAGAUAUUCGAUCAAAAUAUAAUAUUCAAAAAAAAGAAGAUGGUCCAGCUGGAGUACCCUUUGAAUUAACUGCAGAUGGCCGAAUUAUUGAUUCAUCUAUGAAGAAGAAUCCGCAAGGAAUUACAGCACAGCUUGAAGAUGACGAUAGCAUUAUCGGCCAAUUGGGUUUGACUGAACAAGUUGAGAAAGCUAAGACUGUAGUACAUGGAGCAUUUGAAACAGUUAAAGGUUUCCUGCCUUUUGGAAAAUAA